GAGAUCACCGAGACGAAAGAUAUUUUAGUUCUGCUCCGCAAGCUUGCUACCGGGGAGUGGUCGAGUGUCAUCGUCACUACUGCCUUCUACAAGCGUGCCAUUAUAGCCCACCAGCUUGUGAGUUGUACCUUCCAUCAUGCCGACUGAAUGUGGUCCACGAACCGACCAAAGACAAACUGUCUAACGGAAAUCUUUGUUGAUGAUGCCCUACGAUGGGCGCAACGUGCGGAUGAGUAUCUUGCGACCCAUAAGAAGCCCAUAGGAUCCCUCCAUGGGCUUCCAAUUUCUCUCAAGGACCAAUGCCGCAUAAUUGGUCUUGAAACAAUCAUGGGUUACGUGUCAUGGAUCGGCCAAAAGGCUAAAUACAACUGCACCCUGGUCGAUAUCCUCCUCGAAGCAGGUGGGGUACCAUUCGUCAGGACGAACGUGCCACAGACGCUUUGGUGGGGGGAGACGCAUAACAACGUCUUUGGUCGAACCUUCAAUCCCUACAACAGAUCACUUACCUGUGGCGGAAGCUCUGGCGGAGAAUCGGCUCUACUUGCCCUGGGAGGAAGCCCUCUUGGUAUAGGGACGGAUAUUGGUGGGUCUGUCCGCAUCCCAACUGUGUUCACAGGCCUUUACGGCCUUCGGCCGAGCACUCAUCGGCUUCCAUAUUGGGGGCUUGUUAACUCAUGUCUCGGUCAAGAAUCUAUCCACUCCGUCUUGGGGCCGAUGGCUCCAUCGUUAACUGCCCUCCGCGAAUUCACGAAGGCAGUCAUAGACAGAAAGCCUUGGCUGAAAGACCCCACAUGUGUUAAAAUCCCCUGGGAUCAAGCGGCCGAAAACCUCAGCGAUCAUGGGGGCAGUGGUGCUCAGUUAUGUUUCGCUUUCAUGUGGGACAACGGGAUCGUGAAGCCCACUCCUCCUGUCACGCGUGCAUUGGAAAUUACGAAGAGAGCUCUACAUCUGAUCGAUUGGAUUAACCUGCUUCAUCACGAACUUCACGUCAACAUUCAUCGCAUAUAUGCUGCUGAUGGCGGAGAAGAUGCAACUGGGGAUUGUGCAGCUUCGGGUGAGCCGCUACUGCACACCCUGAUUCCCUGUCCAGACGAGCACGAAGAGUUCGGGUAUCACUUUGGACCAAUACCAAAGCCUGUAACUUCUGACGGAAGGAUCUUCAACCAUCCACCAUUGAAGUCUAAUUUGGAGCGUAUGUCGGCUGGCUAUGGGGAGCUUGGCAACAAGACGCCUCCAAGCACCGGGUCGAGCGCUGAAUACGAGACGGAAGAAGAGCCCCCCGGGAAGGCAUCUGCAUGGGGGCUCUGGAAACUUCAUGCCGAGCUGAGGGCACACGGGAAGGCUUACCUUGAUCAUUGGGAGGCGACAAAAAGCCGGACUGGGACAGGUAGACCCGUUGAUGCCAUUAUUUGUCCAGGUGCCGCGUAUCCUGCACCGCCGCAUGGUUAUAAUUCAGACAGUUUUUAUACCUCCCUGUGGAAUGGGCUCGACUACUCUAGUUGCACGUUCCCGGUAACGACCGUGGAUGUAGCGCUUGAUCAGAAGCUUCACCGGCAUACAUUCCACAAUCAUGAAGAUGAGUUUAUUUACAGCUGGUAUGAUCCUGCCAUUUUCAGGCACGCGCCUGUUGGCCUGCAGUUGGUGGGACGAACCCACGAGGAGGAGGCUGUACUUUCUAUGACUCAGAUUGUCAUGACCGCGCUGGAAGUCAUGAAUAUCCAAGAGAGUAGAUGAUGCUCGAAUUUCAAUGAUAGAAUUACAAUGUAGUGAUCGAUUUGAAACAAAAUUAGU